UCCCAGGGCUCAAAAGUCGCGCAGCCAUGACGUUGAGCAGUCGCGUGGAAACGGAGCAGGAAGUGCCCGAAUCCCGGCGAGCAUUCAGGAAUCUCUUCAACUGCUUUUAUGCUUUGGGCAUGCAAGCGCCGGAUGGCAGUCGUCCGACCAGGAGCACGACAUGGAGGCGCAUCUAUCGCUGCUUCUCGGUGGUCAUGUAUGUGUGGCAACUGCUCUUGGUGCCCGCAUGCUUUGUGACCAGCUAUCGGUACAUGGGCGGCAUGGAGAUCACCCAGGUGCUGACCUCCGCCCAGGUGGCCAUCGAUGCGGUCUUUCUGCCGGCCAAGAUUGUGGCACUGGCCUGGAAUUUGCCCUUGCUACGCCGGGCGGAGCAUCAUCUGGCCGCCUUGGAUGCCAGAUGCAGGGAGCAGGAGGAGUUCCAGUCGAUUCUGGACGCGGUGAGGUUCUGCAACUAUCUGGUGUGGUUCUAUCAGAUCUGCUAUGUCAUCUACUCCUCAUCGACGUUUCUGUGCGCCUUCCUGCUGGGCCAGCCGCCAUAUGCCCUCUAUUUGCCUGGCUUGGAUUGGCAGCGUUCCCAGAUGCAGUUCUGCAUCCAGGCCUGGAUCGAGUUCCUCAUCAUGAACUGGACGUGUCUGCAUCAAGCCAGCGAUGAUGUGUAUGCGGUCAUCUAUCUGUAUGUGGUCCGUUUGCAGGUGCAAUUGCUGGCCAGGCGGGUGGAGAAGCUGGGCAGGGAUGAGAAUGGUCAGUUGGAGAUCAAUCCGGAUGAGCGGCGGCAGGAGGAGCACUGUGCGGAGCUGCAACGCUGCAUUGUCGACCAUCAGACGAUGCUGCAGCUGCUCGACUGCAUCAGUCCCGUCAUCUCGAGGACCAUAUUCGUUCAGUUCCUGAUCACCGCCGCCAUCAUGGGCACCACCAUGAUCAACAUCUUCAUCUUCGCCAAUACGAACACCAAGAUCGCCUCCAUCAUUUAUCUGAUGGCGGUGCCGCUGCAGACGGCUCCAUGUUGCUACCAGGCCACCUCGCUGAUGCUGGACAAUGAGAAGCUGGCCCUGGCCAUCUUCCAGUGCCAGUGGCUGGGCCAGAGUGCCCGGUUCCGCAAGAUGCUCCUCUACUAUCUCCAUCGCGCCCAGCAGCCCAUCACUCUGACCGCCAUGAAGCUCUUUCCCAUCAAUCUGGCCACCUACUUCAGUAUAGCCAAGUUCUCGUUUUCGCUCUACACGCUCAUCAAGGGUAUGAAUCUUGGCGAGCGUUUCAACGGCACCAAUUGAACACGCCCAUUAUCGUCGAUGCACUGAGAAAAAUGUGCCAUCGAAUUUUGCACAAUAAGUCACGAAGAUCUAUAGGCUGACUUAGUUUCCUUAGUGUGAGCAAUAAAUUAGAACACGCAAUGUGCCAACUUAAUAAAUUCAGCUUUGCAUUUGCAGUUACCUCCACUCAUUUUGCGCAGUGUAUAGCGCGCUGAAACUUAGUAAAUUGCGAACUGCAAGUGAAAUCGAUAAUGAUCGCUAAUCGGGCAGAACAGAAGCUCGCUAACCAGCGAAUCGCAUUGGUGCACCAUCUCCAUCUUCUCCAUCUCCUCCAUCUCCUUCAUCUCCUCCAUCGCCGAUCUUCGAUCUCCAAACCCCCAACCCAAUCCUCGUCCACCUAUUUUUUUUUGUUGUAUUUUUUGCAUCCCCAGGCGAAGCACCUGUCAGGAGCGGAGUGGCCACCGCUUUCGUAGCCAGCGCCACUUGGUCACCGAUUUCUGGCCCAAUUCGUAGUGGUGCCACACUUUACCGUUGGCCAGUACACUUAGAAAAAAGCAUAUAUAUCCGUGGGCAUAUUUAUAAUACCAACACCUUAAGUGAGAUAUAUUUUAAAUGCUUAUAAA